AUGACAAUUGAUGAGACCUAUUGGAGGCAGCGAUCUCGAGCUAUUUGGCUCAAGAAAGGAGACCGGAAUUCCAAAUUUUUUCAUAAGAAAGCUUCGAAUAGAAAGAAGAGAAACCGGAUAAAAGGCCUUAGGGAUGAGCAUGGUGUUUGGCAGGAGAAUCCGGAAGGGAUUGAAGGAGUUGUCAUUCAAUACUUUCACAAGUUAUUCUCUCGGCAUGAACCAAACAUUUUGGCACAAGAGAUGGUUUUGCAGGCAGUUCACCCGAGGGUUACGCCAGAGAUUAAUCAAAUAUUGCUGAAUCCGUAUUCGACUGAGGAAGUGAAGUUGGCCUUCUUUCAGAUGCACCCGUCGAAAGCCCCUGGCCCGGAUGUUAGUCAUGCAGUGAUUUCUUUCCUUACUACAAAAGAAAUGCCUCAUGAUUUAAACUUCACCCAUGUGGUUCUCAUUCCUAAAGUGAAGGAGGUUCAGGAUAUGUCUCAAUUACGCCCCAUUGCAUUGUGUAACGUCAUAUACAAGAUUGCAUCGAAAGUUCUAGCUAAUCGUCUGAAACAGUUCCUUCUUGAGAUUAUCUCACCUCAGCAAAGUGCCUUUGUUCCUGAUCGAUUAAUAUCUGACAAUACCUUAGUGGCGUCGGAACUAGCUCAUUAUAUGCAUGUGUUGAGGAGGGGACAAGAAGGUUUCAUGGUUCUAAAGCUGGACAUCAGUAAAGCCUAUGAUUGGUUAGACUGGGAUUUUUUGGUGAAAAUAAUGACCAAGAUGGGUUUUGCCUCUCAAUGGAUGGAGUUGAUCCAAUGUUGCUUGUCCACAGUGCGCUAUUCUUUUUUGAUCAAUGGUAUGCCCAGAGGUUAUGUAACGUUGAAUCGUGGUUUGAGACAAGGUGAUCCUAUUUCUUCCUACCUCUUUCUAUUUUGUGCUGAGGCUUUAUCGGCUCUUAUUGCCAAUGCUGUUUCUAAAGGAGUUUGGCAUGGAUUUGAGGGUGUUCUGCUAUACGCUAGGGCUUCUCUACAAGAUUGCGCCCUUAUUCGGCAGAUUAUGAAGGUAUAUGAAGAUGCUUCGGGCCAACAGAGUUUGGCUGAUUACCUUGGUAUGCCGAUUGUGGCUGCCCAUGAUAAAUACCUGGGUAUCCCAACUCGAGUGAGACGUUCUCGGAAUGAUACCUUUGCUUAUAUCAAGGAUAAUCUGACAAAGAAGUUAACAGGGUGGAGAACGAAAUUAUUAAGUGCAGCUAGGAGAGAAAUACUGAUUAAGGGAAUGAUUCAGGAACUCCAUCAACUUUGUGCCAAAUUUUGGUGGGGUGGAACAUAUGAGAAAAGAGGAAUGCAUUGGAGGGCAUGGGAUGCUCUGUGUAAACCAAAAGCAAAAGGAGGUAUGGGUUUUCAUCAUUUGUUUGCUUUUAAUUUGGCCAUGUUAGCUAAACAGGGUUGGUGGCUACUACAAUAUCCCUCCUCGCUACCUGGUCAGUUGUUGAAAGCAAUAUAUUUCCCCCAUUGCAAUUUUUGGGAAGCUGAGCUCGGAAAGGCCCCCUCGUAUGCAUGGAGGAGUAUUCUGGAAGGGCGGGAUACAUUGCGAAAUGGAAUCCAGAGGUUGAUUGGCGAUGGAAUGUCGACGAAUGUGUGGGCUGAUCCGUGGUUAAUGGGCGAGAACUUAUUGCCAUUUUUUUCUGAUACUGUUAGUCGAGUCUCUGAUCUUUUUGUGAGCCCUGGAGUGUGGGAUGUGGCAUUGCUAUCUCAUUUAUUCCUAGCUCACAUUGUACACAAGAAUCAAGCAUUACCGAUCAGUAGCAGAAGUCACUCUGAUAAAUCGAUUUGGGCUCUGGAUAGAAAAGGUUUGUUUACGGUAAAGUCAGCUUACCAUAUAGCAAGGACAAGGGUUUUGGAAGAUCAUGUCAUGGCCCCUAAUCCUUCUGUGCAAUUGUGGAAUAAGAUUUGGAAUGCUCCAGUUCCGGUCCCUAUUACCCUGGGUUGGUGGGAGGAGUUUAAAUCUGCAAUUGUGAAAAGCAGAGGUCGCAAUGUCUCACCUCGGGACAAAUGGAUCACCCCUUCUUCGGGGUACAUCAAACUGAAUGUUGAUGGAGCCUACAACAAUGCAUCUGGUAUGGCUAGUUUGGGAGGGGUUUUCCACGCUCAUACUGGUAGUUGUUUGGGAGUUUUUAUGCAAGGGUUAUUCUCAGCACACUCUGCACGUCAUAGUGAAUUAAUGGCAUUGUUAGCAGGAGUGCAGGCAGCGAUCCAGCAUAAUCUCUAUCCUCUUACCAUUGAGACGGAUUGCUUGGUUUUGGUUUCGGCCCUUACCAGUGGCUCCCUCAAUGAUUCUGAACUUGGAUUCCUAAUUGAAGACUUGUGGGCAAGUUUGUCUACUAUUACUACUUCAAUCCGGUUUGUGAGAAGAUCAGCAAACAGAGUUACUCAUGUUAUAGCCAAAGAGGCUUUCAGUGGUCCUGCUAAUUUAGUUUUUACUACUGAUCCUUCUCGUGCUAUGAGAAGGAUGCUUUCCUCUGAUUAUAAUGAUGUUUGA